AUGAAUGCUGAGGAGAAAAUGGAACCUUUGAGCAUCCCAGCCACACCAACAGCAGAGCUGUUAGCUGAUGAACAGUGCUUCAUAGGCAAGUAUAUAUGUGAGCUGGGCUUUGCAUCAGCUGAAUCUGCCGUCAGUCCAGCCCGCUUCACUGACUCUUUGGAGCCACAGGGAAGCCUUCAUGACUUAGACAAUAUUGUCUGCUGGAGUGAUAAUGUGGAUUACUGUAUCUCCUACCUCAAUAAGGAGUUCGUAGCCCUGGGAUUCCCUGCCCUUUAUAAGGAUGAUGGUUCUGGAGAUGGUAUCGAGCACGGCUUUGAUGCCCUGGAAUUGGUUAAUGGUGCUUGCAGGCUGCUGAACCUGUAUCAAAGUGCAUCAUCCAAGCUAGCUGACAUGGAGACAGAGGAGAUGCGGUGGGAUGGAGAGCUGGAUUUUCUGAGGGAACAGCAGGGUAAACUCAAGGAACGGGCGGAAGCCCUUGAAAGGGAAAUUGCAGCUGGGCAGAAUAAGGAACAGCAGCUUCAAAGCAAAAAUAAACAUUUGAAUGAUAUGCUGAAAGAAGAAAAGGAGGAGGUCACCAAGCUCCUCAGUUCUCUGGCUAACCAGAAGAACCAGCAUGGCCAUGAAAUGAAGAGAAAGGAGCAAGAACUGCUUCGACUGAAAGACAAGAUGAGCCAGAUUUUAACUGACAAGAAAGACAAGAGGGGGACAAUUGAAAUUCUCAAUGUCCUUCCUCGGACUCAUGGCAAGAGGGCCACCUGGAAAACUGGGAGAUCCCUGGGCAGAAAGGAGGAAGAACUGUACCGCAUCCAAUUGGCCAAGCAGGAACAACGGGAAGAGGGGCUGGCUUCUGAGAAUGCCAAAUUGAAACUGCUCCUGAAUGAAGUGAACCAAGACUUGGAGCAGAUGCUGGCCACCGAUGGGGGCAAUGCCAGAGGCACAGAGCAAAGUUGUCCAUACAAGUCCUUCCAGGAACAGUGGAGCACGCUCAGGAAUACCAUAAAAGCUCUUCAUAGCCAAGAUGUGGGUUGCCAAAUGUCCAAUGGUGAUGGGCAAAACCCUGUCGUCAUUGUGACGUACCAUGACAAGGAAAUAAUGAAACUAAAGAAAGAGAUUGAGGAGAGCCGAGAGCUGAUUGUGCUGCAGCAGGAGUGUUUACAGGAGCAACUGAUGGCUGCCUCCAGUUCAGAGUUGCCUGCCUACCUGAAGGGCUCUUACUUCUUAGAGGAACAGCAGCAGCUACAGGAGGAGCGAGAUCUGUUUGAGGAGCAGAAACAGACAUUUGAAGUGGAACGGAAGAACUUCACUGAAGCAGCCAUUCGGCUGGGAUGGGAGAGGAAACGAUUUGAAGAACAGAAGGCUCUGUUCCUGAAGCAAGAAUUCUUGAAUUCAUUGUCAAAGUUAGAUAGGAGAAAUACUAAGUGGCGGCUUUCUGCCCCACUUCCUCUUGGAGAAGAACAAGACUGUGAAGAGUCACCCAGACUAAAAAAGUGGGCCAGACCCAUCUGUACACCGUACCCCAAGUUUCUUAUCACGCCAUGCUGCACCCCAACAGACAUCUUUAGAAGAAAACAGCUUUCCUGUAAAACUGGUAGCCCUGUAAUAUGCAAGGAGCAAAUUCUUUCAGACAACUGGCCAAAUUCUCCCCAACAGCUCAGCAAAAGAAGGGAAAGCUACCAACACACGGCUUGCCAAACAGAAAUGGCUGUGAAGGAUGAUCUCCAGGAUGAUUGUUUGGAUCACUUCCUCAACAGCUUCUUCUAGGGAUUUCUUUCACCACACUACUAUUAAUUCAGUUUCAAUGCCUGUUGCCAUGAAGGCUACGUGAAAUCAAACUUUCUGUCCUUUUCAACUGAAAUUGAGAAACACGUUUCCUUCCUUUAUUUGUAUUCUAGACAUAAUGUAUUGCUUCUGCAUAAGAAAGGUCAACAGAAAUAAAUAUCUGCAUUGAAAUGCCUACAUAAAAGCUAGGCCUACUGAGAACUGCUGUUUUGAGAUGCAGCUGAGUUUUAUUACAGCACAGAAUAUACCAGUGAAAAUAGUUUUUAUGAACAUGCCAGCGUAGAUUUGUUAAAUUGUACUUGUUAACA